GAGAGGGUGUGAGGCCUGCUGUGGUGAGGAACCCUUGACCUCCGGUCCGCCACACACUACUCUUUCUAUUAUGUAUGUAGAUUUAAGAUAAUAUUCCACGUUUGCAAGCCUCCUCAGGUUUGCCUUGUUUCCAUCGGCAAAGCACUAGCCCCUUCUGAACCAGAGAGAUAGAAGUAUUGAGCUGAUGAACUACUGAGGAAGAGUUUUGGUUGAAGGCAUGGCGUUUGUAACGACGUGUUUGGUAUUUGGGUUCUUGCUUUUAGGAUUAUUAGGAGGAGAAACAAUGGCUUCAUCGAAUUGCAAUUUCCCGGCCAUUUACAACUUCGGAGAUUCGAAUUCCGAUACCGGGGGUAGAUCUGCUUCUUUUGAUGCGCUUCCUCUUCCCUUUGGCGAAACCUUCUUUGGCAAGCCUUCUGGAAGGUUCUGCGACGGCCGCCUCGUCAUUGAUUUCAUAGCCGAACAACUGGGAUUACCAUAUUUGAGCGCGUAUCUGGAUUCCAUCGGAACGAGCUUCCGGCACGGAGCAAACUUCGCUUUUGGAGGAUCGUCCAUCCGCGUCGGUGGUUACAGCCCGUUCCAUCUGAGCAUCCAGAUCUCUCAGUUCCGACAGUUGAAAGCACGUACCACUGACCUCUACGGGCAAAGACAAGGUAAAGCACGAACACCAUCGUCGAAAUGGAAUCUACCAAAGCCAGAAGACUUCUCUAAGGCUCUCUACACCUUCGACAUCGGACAGAACGAUCUCGCUUACGGAUUUCAGCACACGACAGAGGAUCAAGUUCGAGAGUCCAUCCCUGAUAUGCUGGACCAGUUGUCUGAUGCCAUACAGCAGUUCUGUGACUGUUGUUGUGUUGUUGAUGGUGGUGGCCAGACGCUUUACGAGGAAGGAGCAAGAGUGUUCUGGAUACAUAACACAGGCCCGCUUGGUUGUCUGCCUUACAGCUUUAUAUAUGACCAAUCGAAGCCCGGUAAUCUAGACGAGGGCGGGUGUGUGAAGCCGGAGAACGAUGUGGCUCAGGAAUUCAACAGGCAGCUUAAGGACAGAGUGACUCAAUUCAGGCUACGUCUCCCUCAUGCGGCAUUCACCUACGUUGAUGUGUAUUCAGUAAAAUAUGAGUUAGUCAGUAAUGCAACAAAGCAAGGUUUUGAUGAUCCAAUGAAGUUUUGUUGCGGUAGUUAUUACGGUUAUCAUGUGGACUGCGGUAAGACGGCAGUGGUGAACGGUACGACGUAUGGUAAAGCGUGCAGUAAUCCCCGAGCGCAGGUGAGCUGGGAUGGCAUACACUACUCCGAGGAAGCCAACCGACGGAUUGCCGACCGGUUACUGGGCGGCCAGAUGUCGGACCCACCGGUUCCAAUAACCCAAGCAUGCCGUAAGUCGUAACUCUAAACUCAUGGGCCCGUACGUGCCUGUUGAUUCUUUGAAGUUUAAAGGCCAUGGCCCAUGGGCCGGUAUCCACAGCUCCACCCUUACUUUUUUAAUAGUUUUUUUGGCUAUUGAAAUGUAAUAGUAAUAUUAUCCACAAAAAAAAAGGAAAUGUAAUAGUAAUAACUAAUAUUAUGAAAAAAGUAGAGUAAAAGUGUAAAACCGUAAAAGCUGAGAGGCGCUUAUAUUGGAUUAAGUACUUACUCAUGAUUAAUUAUAA